AUGACUGGUGUGCAUGCAAGUUCACUUGGAACAUCAACAUCAACAACAACAUCAUCCACAACGCAACCACAACAACAACAACAACAAACUAUAGGUUCUCAAUCGGACUUACAUACAAAUAGAAGAAUAGCAAUGAAGAAAAAAGAAGAGAAACAAAAGGUUACAAGAGAAAGACAAGUUGCAAAAGAACGUGUCAAAGAGAACCUUCAAUUCUAUAUCGUCAAUGAAAAUGAAGAACAAUUGAAUUCUGUUGGAUUGGUUAAUAAUGAUUUCUGUGAUGCAUGUCAUGAUGGAGGUGAUUUGUUAUGUUGCGAAUCAUGUGAAUGCGCAUUCCAUAUGAUGUGUUUGGAUCCACCAGUAUCCUCUCUUCCUGAAGGUGAUUGGUUUUGUCAUUCUUGUGAACAAAAUAAAAACCCUAAACCAAAACAUUCAAAAUCAAUACUGUCAUCAUUAUUUGAUUCAUUAGAUACAUUGAAUCCAUCAUGUUUUACAUUACCUGAAGAAUAUUUAUUAAAUAAUUCAUUUAAACAAUCAUUUUGUAAUGUUUGUGAUGGUGAUGAUUCAAUGGAAGAUAUGUUACAUUGUUCACAUUCAAAAUGUAGAAUUUCAGUUCACACUUAUUGUUUGGAUCCUCCAUUGGUUCGAAAACCUCUUACUUGGAAAUGUGAUUUACAUGCCGAUAAACAACAACAACAAAAAAGUAAUAAUCAAUCAAACAAAAAAGAAAAGGAAUCAGUAGCAUCUACAUCUUCAUCAGUGUCGUCGAUGGAGAACAAUCAAAAUAGCUUUACAAACGAUUCAAACAAAAAUCGUAGAAAUAUUCACUCUCCAUUCCUAAGUGAUCGAUUCACUCUUGAAUUUGGUGGUGACAGUACUAUUGGUGGUGCAACUGCUCCCAAAGUAUUUCAAAAUCGUUAUAAUCCUUCUUAUCGUGAUCCAUUCUAUGAAAAUAUUUAUGGAAAUGGAUUAUCAUCAAAAGAUUAUUAUGAUCAUCAAUUAAUUGUUGAUUUAUUUGGAAAAGAUAAUUAUUCAUUUUUGACUAAUAAUAAUCAACAACAACAACAACAAACGGAUAUAAAUAAUAAUAAUAAUAAUAAUAAUCAAAAGAAUAAUAAUAAUAAUAGUAAAGUUUCUCAUCGUAGUGGAAAAGCUACUAGUAGGCAAAAAAAUAAGGAUGGAGAUCAUGAUGUUUAUAUGGAUGAUGAAGAACAACAAGACGCAAAUAAUGAAAAUUUAAAGAAAUUGGAUCAAUUACUAAAAGAACAAAGAAGAUUAUCUGUUGCUUCAAUGCCAUCAGAAUUUGGAAUAUUCCCAAGUGAUUUAUCAAAUCAACCAAUUGAUAAUUGUAAUUCAUUUGUAAUGUCUUCAUUAUCACCAUUAUUUACACAAUUUCUUGCAUGGCAAAGAUUAAUGCAAAUUAAUAAUCAAAUAUUCCAAGCACGCGCAAAUUUUCAUUCAACUUCAAAUCCAUCCUCUAAUCCAUCUUCAUCUUUUAAUCCACCCCAAGUUCAACCGACAACGACAACAACAACAACAACAACUUUUGUUUCCGAACCAUCUACUCCAACAACAAACUCUAUGAUGGAUAUUGAUAGUAGUAGUAGUAGUAGUAGUAGUAAAAAAUCAAAUGGAAGUAGAAGAGUCGAAAAGACAAAAGAAAAAGAGGAAAAAGAAAAGGAAAAAGAAAAAGAGAUUGAAAUUCCUAUUCCUAUACCAACACCACCAAUACCAACACCAGCACCAAAAAAAGAUUCUAAAAAAGAGAGACAAAGAGAAAGAGAAAGACAAGAAUCUGAAAGAAGAGAAAAGGAAAAAGAAAGAGAAAGAGAGAGAAAAGAAAAGGAAAAAGAAGAACGUGAUAGAAGAGACCGAGAAAGACAAGAAAAAAGAGAAUUGGAAGCACAAAAGGAAAAGGAAAAAGAAUUACAAAAGGAAAUUGGAAAAGAAGAGGAGGAACCACAACAAAUGGAAAUUGAUCGAUCUCAAUCUCAACCUCAACCUCAAUCACAAAACAUAGCCAAAUUUUUCAAAAGAAAAUCAAUGGAUAAAUCGACUAUAACCAAUUUGCCAACUCUAAAGAAAACAAAGGGUGCCGCUACCACUACUGCCACGACUUUAGAUGAUCAAGAAUCUUUUAGUGAAGUAUCGAUUGUUAUUCCUGCCAGUCCAGAAGAUACAACAAAACACUCUGUCACUGAACAAUGGGUGUCUAGUCCUUUACCAACUAUAGCUCCCAUCUCUACACCCGACAAACCAAUAUCUACCGAUCAUCGACAAAUUUAUGGUCGAUUACCACUUCGUAUUCAACACAAAAAUUCACCUUCAUCCUCUCCCUCUGCUACUACUACCACCACCACACCUUCUGAAAUUGUUUCACCAAUUCAAAAGUCUGGUCAAUUAUCACCACCUACCACUCCAAUGUCUCCAUCAUUGGAUUCUUCAACUAUUUUAGUGUCAACUCCAUCUGCUUCAUCGUCGACACCAAACACUUCCAUCCAACAACCAGAAUCACCAUUUGUUCCAAAGACAAUACUUAGUCCAAGAUUACCAAGAUUACCAAGAGUACCAACCAUUGUAGGUCAACAACAACAACCACCUGCUGUCGAAACGUUAUCAUCAUCGUCAUCAUCGACCAUUUCACCUUCACCAUACAAACCAUCAACCUUGCAAAUUCCACAACCUCCACCAUCUAAAAAACCAACAAAGUCAAAGACUGUACCAUUACCACCAGCUGUUUUCCCAUCUCCCAGUACCCCAUCACCACCUUCACCAUCACCAGUUAUAAUACCAACUGCUGUUGUUUCAUCGACAACAACAGCGACAACUACAACUGGUAUAUUGUCAUCACCCUCAUCAACAACACCUGUUACUACACAAAAUCCAACAAUCUCUCCAUCUAGACUAAAUAUGACAUUCAAAGUACCAUCUCCAGGAGGUGAUUUUAAAAAGGUUAUUGUAAAGAUGGGAGGAACUCAAUUAUCUGAAUCAAAUAAUACACCAACUACAACAACAACAAGUCAACCUCAACCACCUACAUCACCACAACCAGUACAACUUUUACUUCCACUUUCUAAUCCUCUUGUUUCUCCAAUUAUAACUCAAGUUGAUCAAAAAAUAGAUCAAGUUGCUCAAAAAAUAGAUCCUCCUCCACAACCACCUCUACCUCUUUCUCCUACACCAAUUCAUUCAGUUCAAAUUACAUCUUCUUCAAACAUUGUACAACAAUCAUUAUCAAUAGCAUCACCAACAUUUGUAAGAGGCAUUUUUACAGAUUCAAUUUAUAUAUUAUCUAUACCGAUAGCUGUAUUAUAUAUGAUUACAGCAGAAGGAGGAGAAUCUUUAGCACAUCAAAUGAAAUUGAGUAGAAUUAUCAUUGGUAGAGGAAAGAAAAAGAAUGGUAUAUCUACAGAUAUUUGGCUAAAGGACAGAGCAGUAUCUCAUCACCACGCAGUCAUUGAAUAUGACUUGACCAAGAAUCGAUUUGCAGUUGCCAGCUUUGCAAGAAACAACAAUACAUUUAUCAAUGGCACCAGAAUACUUCAAGAUCAAAUGGCAACAUUCACCAAGGAAACUCAAUUUUUAUCACCACCCGAAGCCGUCUUUUACAAGGAAUCAAAACCCCUAGCAACAGGCGAUAUCCUUAAAAUAUCAACAACCUCUUUUAGAUUUGAAAUACUUCCAAAUAAUAUUACAAGUGUUUUAAAUCUUUUUAAAUCUAAAGGUUUUCCUAAAUUAAUUUAA